AUGUCCAAGAUGGUGCGCGAGACGUGGCUGAACACCAGGGCCCAUCACAUCAUAGAUAGGCUGUAUCAAGCGGACCCGGAAAAGUGGAGGGCCGAUAAUGGACAAUCGUUUAUGGCCCUUUGCCGCGAAAAGAUCAAGGAAGUUGCAGCGGAACUGCCUGUCUACAAUGAUGAUAUGGUCAACGGGCGAGCGGUGCGCAUUCGUGCAAUCGUUCAGAACCAGUUGGAGGACGAGUAUUUCAGGCUUGACUAUGAAAUUCCUCCCGUUGGCGGGCAGCCUACUCAUUUCCCGGUUUGUUACCGCUCGUUUAUGGACUCCGCGGAUGGCAGGCCUUACUCCGGCCAACCGAUCCGCCGGAGCCGUUACAUGAUGGCGCCAGUACCGGGAGCCAGCGCUUGGUGGGACACUGAAUGGGCCGGCAAUGCAGAAACGCCCGAAGUCAUGGACUUCGGAAAUUUCGUCGCCACGGUGGUCGAAGAAUCGUUCCGUCCGAACUCCAUUAUGGAAUUGUACGGCUUUGCCAGCAAGGCCCCGUUAGAUCAAGACUCUGAGGAGACUGACGAGAGUCUGAAACGUCCGAUCUUCUAUGUGAUCGACUGGAAGCCCUACGUCGAAACCAUUGAUGACGCGGCACCGCUUUGUUCAACGUACCAAGAAAUUCUCGACAGCGCCAUCGGUGACCCUACGGCCGCCCGCUUUCUAAUGCUAAACCUAUUGGCCAAAGUAUACUCUCGCAACCCUCUACCGCCUCAGUGCACGUUGCCCGUGACUUUGUGCGGCGUGACUAAUCCCAAGCCGAUCAUCGAUCUGGUCAGGUCGCUGAUGCCUCGGGUGAUCCACCUUAGGCUGACCUCCGAGGAGUUUUCCACGUCUUUUGCCUCGUAUAGGGACUAUGAUCGUGGAAUUAUGGUUCAGGGAAAGCUGCAAUGUGCUCUCGACAACACGGUGCUGAUCAUCGACGAAACUGAGCUGCCUGAAGGUAGCGUGCCAAUCCAAGGCGAUGACCGGACAGCCUCCCAAAACAAAGCAUCGUUGGAGCAAAUCAUGAACUCCCAGGCCAUCGACUAUGACUUUUCCUUCUACCCAGUCAAUUUUGAAGUUGAUAUGCCAAUCAUUGUCAUUAGCCACGAUGCCGGUCGAGCUCUGAAGACUCCCUGGCGCAUCCCUUUUCCGGGGGAAGUCGGCCCAUUGGCCGUGGACGAUUCUACGUUGAGGAUGUUCCGAAAAUCCAUUAGUGCCGCAAAGGAAAAGCUGAAGGGGAUCGAAAUUAUGACAGAGGAAAUUUCCCGCGGAUUUUCAAACAUGACGCACACACACGUUGCGGGCGGUUAUGAUAAGGUUGAGCGCUUCCAUCAUAUUCUGGCGGUGUGCAGGUUAUCCGUUGCCCAUAACGGACGCCACACGAUCACCCCUGAGGUGUGGAACGAGGCUUUGGCCCUGGAAGCGAAGUGUGCCGAGAAAUUUAACGAAUGGAACAACGGCGCUGCCGAUCCCCGUUUGGUAUUCGCCCCCACCGAA